CCAUGUCCAUAUGUGCGGAUACCUUCUCGGCAUUUUGAAACUUGUCGUCUUCAAAUUAUCAUUAUGCUUAGACUCAACAACGACCGGGUUCCAGCCUGUGGGAGCCACGACUCUCGGUAGUCGUUCCUUGGUAAGGGACAACCAUAUGGCGGCAACAUUCGCAUCUGCUCAGGCCUCAGCACCACUGGGCUCGCACAUCUGGGCAUUUGCAACCUACGUGGAGAUUUUACGGGUCAUGCGAGCUGUGGUCACGUAUUUUAGCUCAUGCAAAGUUACAACUGAGGGCGAGGAGACGCUAUUGAACACGCAGGUGUAUGUUGUCUUGGAUCCGAAUUGGAUGGGGGGACAUCAAGUCAGAAAAUGUGAGAUGCGGGAGGAUCAUGGCAAAACGUUCUUGACUAUUCGUCCUUUGUGGGAGUCCUGAUUCCCGGUAAGCAGAGGGUCAUCGAGCUCACCUGAGUUGCGUAGGUGGAUUCUGACAGCCGUGUCAUGUGCAGAUGGGAUGAAGUGAGUUGGGACUUUGGAGUGGAAUUCGUUGGAGUAAUCAACUUCGCACCUUAGAGUGGAUAAGAUGAGGAAGAUACACAGUUUGGGAAACUUGAAAGUUUGCCGUAUAAUUAUAGAAAGCCGAGGACUCAUACUAUAGUGUGGUCUAUAACCUAGCUAUGGAAUAGUAAGGCCCGUAUAGCUAAGUUAGUCUUCUAUGAGGGGAAUCCGGAUAUUCCUUAUAGUAGCGUAACCUUACAACCUUAGUUUACCGUAUUAGAGAAACACGGUAUCUAGAUGAUCGAAUAGUCGGCCUAUAGCCUAUUAGAAACCUACAGAGCACGGAUGUCAC